AGGCUUUGGUACACCAGUUUAAUGGUUUAUCAUUUGAUCAAAUACCCCUAAUAGUAAUAACCCUUUAUUUAAUGGGUGGGUUGGUGGACUAGCGGAAGAGAAUUGGAAAAAUAUAGUACCCACUGACCAAGCACACUAUCCUAUGGUAACCUUAAAUGUGAAGAUCCAAAUCCUAAUCCUAAAGCACGAAAACGAUUUUGGAACUGAAACCCUAAUGGUAUGAGUGAUGAGUACCCUGGUAUUUGAACACCAAGUUGUUUAAAUGCCUCAUACACCAUCCCUUUCUUCACCCAGAAAUCAAUCGGACGUCUCUGAAUCCGCCGUUAAACUGCAGCGCCUCGUUAUGGGAAGAUCUACUGACGAUCCUGAGAAGAAGAUUCCGAACAGGAGACUCAAGGAUGUUGAGAUUUGCGUUCCAAUAUCAUAUGGGACAAUCUCGUUCUGGCUGGGUAGAAAAGCCAGUGAGUCUCAGUCGCAUAAGUGGACUGUGUAUGUUCGUGGGGCCACAAAUGAGGACCUUGGUGUGGUGAUUCGGCGUGCUGUAUUCCAAUUGCAUCCCAGUUUCAAUAAUCCUAUGAGAGUGGUUGACUCACCCCCGUUUGAGUUAUCAGAAUCUGGGUGGGGUGAAUUUGAAAUUGCUAUAACCCUCUAUUUCCACAGUGAUGUCUGUGAUAAACAAUUAGAUUUGUUCCACCAUUUGAAGUUGUAUCCCGAAGAUGAAUCUGGUCCCCAGUCUACCAAGAAACCUGUUGUUGUAGAAUCAUACAAUGAGAUUGUUUUUCCUGAUCCUUUAGAUAGUUUUUUUGCUCGUGUAAAGGAUCACCCGGCUGUAAUUGUGCCCAGGCUGCCUGCUAGUUUUAACUUGCCUGCUCCUGUGCCAAUAGAAAAUGCCAAGGAAAAGAAGAGAGGUGAUACCAAAGAUCAUUCUUUAAAUCAGUGGUUUGUGAAUUUCUCGGAGGCAGAUGAACUGUUGAAACUGGCAACAGCACGUCAGCAGGUGCAAGCUCAUAUUGUUAAGCUGAGAAGACAAUUGAGCGUGAUCGAUGGACUGCCUCGGCCAUUGAAACCAGCCUCUGAUGAGUGAAUGUGUGCAUAUCACGAUAGAAUUAUUUGGAGUUUCCCCAUCAGUUUGGAAUAUGUUUUGAGAUGUAAAUAUGUAGAUUUGCUAUGUUCUACAAACCUUGGGCCCAUCUUUAUUUUCAUUGUAAAUCCCUUCUUUUGUUGAGCUGACUGAUCAAGUUUUUGUAUCUAUCCAUGGUAGAUGGUCAUAGAGCAUUGUCCUACUAGAUAUAGAGAACAUUUUCCAUUUU